AUGGCACACAAGCCCGAGCAAAAGGAGGGCUCUUCCUCUGACUCCUCGAACAUACUCUCUCCCCAGACCCGGCCAACCGAGCGUUCAUCUAGCCCUGGUGGCGCUUGUCCUCCUUUUUGGGCUCCUGGAGAUCGACCUGGCUACAAGGGCGUCCUGGACCGGCACAGGCGAAAGAUGCGUCUAUUUAGAAGCAUACGUCUGGACGCGAAGCAGUUGCGGCACGUCCUCACGUUCAUGCAACACAACUAUAUCCCCGAGGGGGUCGAGUGGACGUCUGAUAUCCUCUUUGCUUACGUUCCCAGGACCUUCGAGGGCGCAACCACCACAGAAAUUAUUGCCGGCCAAGCACUUUUUCAUGCCAUCACCCCUUCUCUCGAUGCUAUAUUCCAAACCACUCAUAGUAAUGUCUUGGCACUGAACAAGUCUCCACGAUAUAUUGUGUUUGAGUUCUUUUGGAACGGUAGCCCGCCAGUCGUACCUAUUGAAUUGCAGGACCUGCCUAGCAUCAAAUUAACCCAUGAAGAACCAGAGGAGAUCUACCCGGAUGCAGUUGAAGCGGGAUGGCUUGGCGAGCGCCGGUUGGUCCUCGUCACAGCUGGCCACAUAGUCGACAGUGCCGAUUUGAUCCAGGUACAAGACGAAGAACAAGAUAAUAAUACUUACAAGUCGCAGGUCGUACCAGAGUUCGAGCGGAUCGGGGGGAUUCCCUUAUAUAGGAGAGGGGAACCUAUUAACCCCCUUCUAGCAUCACUUAACGAGACAUGUCUCCUCGAGACCGACCAGAUAUCUCGUUCCGCGUUACGGCGAGUGGGUGACCAUGUCGAUUGCAAUCGCUUCAACCCCGACUCUUCUAUUAACUACACCGACGCUACUUCCUUGUCCGCCUUCGACCCGAAGCUAGGCGAUAUUGACCGUCUCAGACACCUUCUGCUUGAAGGGGGGCCAAUCCGGGCCUUCAAGUGCGGUGCUACGUCGCGUUAUACGACGGGAUUUCUGUGCCAGGUCAAAAGGAUAAGCAUGAAGAGAACUUGUAUCGGUUAA